AUGGAGGAAGGCAAUUUCGCAACUUUACCUGGUACUGCGCAAACACCUGUGUGUGAGGAAUGUCAGCGUCCUAUUCGGGAUAGGUACCUGCUCCGCGUGCAGGACGGCCUAUGGCACGAGCGAUGCGUGAGCUGUGCAGAGUGCCAGCAACCGCUGCAAAAUACCUGUUUUCUGCGAGGCAAGAAACUCUACUGCAAACGAGACUACGAGAAACUCUUCUUGGUGCACUGCCGGGGUUGCUCUGGGUUCAUCUCCCAGGCGGAUCUGGUGAUGCGUGUGGGCGUGGCUGCUGUGUUCCACCUGCGCUGCUUCUGCUGUGCUGUGUGUGCAUGCAGGCUGCAGACGGGCGAGCGCUGCGUGCUGGUAGGAGAGCGACUACUGUGUGCACGUGACUACCAGCUCAACAGCUCCACCACUUAUGACUCAGGCAGAAGUGAAGAUGAGGACGAUGACGAAGGCCACGCACAGGGAGCCGGAGACAUGGACUCAGCCGGAGGCGAAGGCGGGCGGCCGAAGCGUCCUCGUACCAUCCUCACUACACAACAGCGCCGUGCUUUCAAAGCUUCCUUCGAGGUCUCGUCCAAACCCUGCCGAAAGGUAAGGGAGACCUUGGCAGCAGAGACAGGCUUGAGUGUACGAGUUGUUCAGGUCUGGUUCCAGAACCAACGAGCCAAGAUGAAGAAACUGGCCAGACGACAACAGCAGCAGGAGAAGCAGUGUUCUUCUCCACAGGAGGAGCGGAGAGAACGCCGCUCAGCUCGGCCUGCGCCCCCGUGUGGAGGACUGGUGAGCAUGGCGUAUGCAUCUACAGGCCAGCAGCAGCAGGACAGGCCGUCUCUGGAAGCCUGUGGCUUUAAGCUGGACCCGUUCCAACAAGGCCUGACCCCCCCUCAGAUGCCCGGAGACCACAUGAACCCUUACGGCUGUGAAGGGCUGUAUGGUAACGUGGACAGCGACCCAUCCUGUCACCAUGGAGACUGUCUGUCCUCCGGGGAAACGCCAGUCUUGACCCCCAUCGACCUCUUGUUUUCCAUGCAAGACUCUUACUUCUCGUCCUGAGUGUGUGUGUGGGAGUGUGUGUGUGUGCGUGCACGUGAGUGUGUGUGCGU